CGGACCCUCGGUCCCCGCGCCUGGGGCCCCCGCAACUUUUCCCGCCCGAGCCCCGGGGCGGGCGCUGCUGUGUCCGGGCGGGGGCCCCCUGGGGGUCCCGGGGCUUGAUACCCGGGUGGGCGGCGGGGUCCCUGAGACGCCUGCCGUCGGGGCCCGGCCACGUCCCCGACCAUGACCGAGAUGGGCGAGAAGGAGAACGAGCCCGAGGACGCGGCGGCGCGCAGCCCCCCGGGGACUGGACCCGCGACCCAGGAAACCAAGCUGCAGCGGUUCAAGCGCUCGCUGUCCCUCAAGACCAUCCUGAGGAGCAAGAGCGUCGAGAACUUCUUCCUGCGCUCCAGCUCUGAGCUCAAGUGUCCCACUGAGGUGCUGCUCACACCCCCGACCCCGCUGCCCCCGCCCUCCCCACCGCCCGCGUCCACCCCAGCGCCCUCCCCGUGCCCAGCGCUGCGCCCCCCAGCACCGCUCAAGACUUCCAGGCUGCACAGCUUCCAGGAACAUGUCUUCAAGCGCGCCAACCCGUGCCAGCUGUGCCAUCAGCUCAUCGUGGGAAACUCCAAGCAGGGCUUGCGCUGUAAGAGCUGCAAGGCCAGCGUCCACCUCUGGUGCUCGGAGGAGAUCUCCCGCCAGCAAUGCCCGGGCAAGAUGUCCGCCUCCUUCCGCCGCAACUUCAGCUCCCCCCUCCUGGUGCAUGAGCCGCCACCAGCCUGUGCUGUGAGCAGAGAGUCCCCACCCACCGGGCCCGGCGGGAAGGUGGACCCAGUGUAUGAGACCCUGCGCUACGGCACGUCCCUGGCCCUGAUGAACCGCUCCAGCUUCAGCAGCACGUCCGAGUCCCCCACGCAGAGCCUGAGCGAGCGCGAGGAGCUGACCGAGGACGGGGAGGGCAGCAUCCGCAGCACCGAGGAGGGGCCCGGGGACAGCGUAUUCACAGCCCUGGCCGAGAGCGAAGAGUCGGGAGCAGAAGAAAGGAGCCCUGGACAGCAGCCCCCCAAGGCACCCCUGCGGAAGGAGGUGGGGCCCAUGUACUCCUAUGUUGCACUCUACAAGUUUCUGCCCCAGGAGAGCAAUGACCUGGCCCUACAGCCUGGAGAUCGGAUCAUGCUGGUGGAUGACUCCAACGAGGACUGGUGGAAGGGCAAGAUCGGCGACCGCGUGGGCUUCUUCCCGGCCAACUUUGUGCAGCGGGUGAGGCCGGGCGAGAGCGUGUGGCGCUGCUGGCGGCCCUUUUCGGGAAGCAAGGAGCAGGGUCAUCUGAGCCUCAAGGAGAACCAGAUCUGCGUCGGUGUGGGCAGGAGCAGAGAUGCGGACGGCUUUAUCCGCGUCAGCAGCGGCAAGAAGCGGGGCCUGGUGCCGGCUGACGCCCUGAACGAAAUCUGACAGCCAGGAGAGUAGACGCCCACGCGCCUGGCUGGCCCUGCAUCUGGCCAGGAGGGGCGCGGGCAUCCUGGCAGCCGCUUCCUCUGCCCCUCUGCUGGGACCCUGAGACCUGGGAAGGUUUUAUUUCCUGGGUGGGGCGCCCUGCUGGAUUGAUCCCCUGGGACUGCAAGGAAGUGGGGAGCUGUAGGUACGUCCCCCACAGUGCCCGGGUACCCCAAAUCUGGCCACUGCUGAGUCCUGUCCUGGGGGGACCCCUGGGAUACCCAGACCCCCCACGUGCCCACACGGCCUCUGCAUGCCUGAACCCACGCCUCAGAGCCUCUGCCUGGGUCUACUUACACCCGCCCCUUUGCAAGUGGCGCUCUGGGGGGCUUGCUGCACCCCUCAGCCCUCCGCCCGCUGGGGAGGGGACCCAGUGCCACGGCAGGGCCCCGAGUCCACCUCUCUUGGUCUCCAUGUCUUGGUCACCCUUCACUUCUCAGGAAAGUUCUGCAGGAAUCUCUCCCAUUACUUGAAACCUGGGCCUACAGAGUGGGGGAGGGCAGAGGUCUCGGCAGAGGUGACGAACUGCGACUGUCCCCUCAAGUAGGACCAUCACCGCGGCGCAGUUUGGGCCCAGAGGCCAACUGAGAACCAGACCCUGCUCCAUGCUUGGUCCAAACCGCCCUGUGUCACUGUCGGGUUGCCCUGACGACAGCAGCCCCCCCCCCCCAGCUCUGCAGGGCAGGGGCUGAUUCUGGGGAGUCCCUUUGUGGCCCUGUCUGCCCCUUUGUCCCGGACACAGCACCCGAGGAAGAGGAAGAGGGGACAGACAAGGAUGAAGCAUUUUCCUUGGGUCCCAGGAAAUGAGGGGAGCGGGACCCCGGGGCUCAUCCCACCGGACCUCUCCCUUGUAGGCUGCUUUUCUCUGGUGCCAGCUUUCCUCCCCCAGGCUCAGCCUCCUUGUGCCCCUGGUCAUGCCAGCCAAUGCCACCCCCUCCCGGGCACAGUCACACCCCCAAGUGAGAGGCACCCAGGUUCUCCUCCCCUCUUCUCCCCCGCAGAGGGGGCUCAAGCCACACUGCCCUGUUUGCUGCCAUGAGGCCCCCCAGCGACACCCCCGGGGCGGCCGAUGCCCACUGUACACCAGGCUGCAUGGCGGGUCUGCCCGGCCCUGCGGAGCCCCAGGCCCCAAUUAAACGUGUCUUGUUCCAGC